AUAUUUAUUGAUAGACGUUGGACAGAUGGAGUACUAUAUCAGUCUAGAAAAGUUUUUCUCAUUUUGGUGAGUCCAUCAAAUGUUUUGAUAAGUUAAAUAUAUGACAUUUUUCAUUAAUAAUAAAACUAGUGUAUUAAUAAUGUUUAAAAUUAGUCUAAUUUAGACAGUCCAAAUUCCAAAUUACUAGUAGUAGAGUAUGUUUUUUGUGUUCAACGGAAGGUGCCAAAACUUUUGAACACUCCAACCAGCUUAAACGACAAAAACUCCCUUUCACAGCAAUAUAAAAGGUAAAAACAGCAUUCUCCUUCUUCCUCACAAAAGAAAAGAAAAUGGAGAAAUCAGCAAAAUGGGAAGGAAAAGCCAGCGCAAAGCUCGUCCGACCCACCGCAAGCGAGGUGUGGGCGCUCGUAGCCGAUUUCUUCAGCCUCCACAAGUUCCUCCCCACCAUCGACACCUGCUUCCAAGUCAACACCCUCGUCCGCCACUGCGCCGCCUCGGCCUCGGGCCACUGGUGCCGCGAGCGCCUCACCGCCAUCGACCCGGCCGAGAAGCGGCUGAGCUACGAGGUCGUGGAUAGUAACAUGGGGUUUAAGCGGUAUGAGUCAACGAUGAAGGUGAUGGACGGCGGAGAUGAAGCGGGAUGCGAGAUCGAAUGGUCGUUCGUGGCGGAUCCGGUGGAGGGGAUGAGCUGUGAGGAUUUGGCUAAGUAUGUUGCGGUGGGGCUGCAAGGGAUGGCUACCAAUAUGGAGAGGGAGGGGGUUGGAAGCUGAGUUUAAGUCAGAAUUUGUUUACUUUUUUUUUUAUAUAAAAAAAAUCAUGUUUAGUUUAUUUGUGAAUUGUGGUUGUGUUGGAAGCUUGGAAUUGAGAAGAAAGAAACUGUUUAAUCA